AAAACAAAAAAUGGCCGCCGAGAAGCCGAAGUCAGCUGGGGUUUGGCCUACGGUGAAGCCCUUUGUUAAUGGCGGUGCUUCUGGAAUGCUGGCUACCUGCGUGAUUCAGCCCAUCGAUAUGAUCAAGGUGAGAAUACAGCUUGGCCAGGGAUCAGCUGGUGAGGUGACCAGGAACAUGCUUAAAAACGAUGGGGUUGGCGCCUUUUACAAGGGUUUGUCUGCUGGGCUUCUUAGACAAGCAACAUAUACAACUGCUCGUCUUGGAUCGUUUAGGAUUUUGACAAACAAAGCAAUAGAGGCCAAUGAUGGGAAGCCGUUGCCCCUUUACCAGAAGGCUCUAUGUGGAUUGACUGCAGGUGCAAUCGGGGCAUGUUUCGGCAGUCUUGCUGAUUUGGCACUCAUUCGCAUGCAAGCUGAUGCUACACUACCUGCUGCACAGCGAAGAAAACUAAGACCACUCCUGAGAAUCUCGUGCCCAGUGAUAAGACCGCGAGAAAGCCGACAGCGGCAGCAUGCGCGGCUGAGGAGGUGUCGGUGGCGGAGAAACCCACUGCCCCGGAGAAGGACGUGCCCCCGCAGCCCGAGCCCGAGCCGGAAAAGGUAG